UUUUUUUGUUUUCUUUUCAACCGCGGAACUGGCUGACAGAAAGUAGAAAUUAGGGUUCUAUUCGGAGAGUUUUCAGUCUCUUUUAGGGUUCGCAUAGGAGCUGAUCAAUCCCAUCAAUGGCAACUGAUUCGAGCUUACCCGAUGGACCUGCAAUGGACACCUCUCUUCAGUCUAUCUGCUAUAAGCAUGGUUCACUCAAGCUACUCGAUCAGAGGAGGCUUCCCCUUGAAACCAUCUACUUGGAUAUUCAAGAUUCAACGGAUGGAUGGUUUGCAAUAAGAGAUAUGGUGGUCCGGGGGGCGCCUGCAAUUGCUAUAGCUGCUGCCCUAUCUCUGGCAGUAGAAGUGUGUAACAUGGAAGCUUUUAAUGGGACAUCCGGUGAUGCAGCAUCUUUCCUGUCCAUCAAAUUGGAAUAUCUUGUCUCUAGCCGACCAACUGCUGUGAAUCUUUCAGAUGCUGCAACAAAACUUAAAGAAGCCAUAUCAAAGGCAGCUGCAAAUGCUUUGGAAGCUAGCCCUGUUUUUCAGGCUUACAUUGAAGCUGCUGAAAUAAUGCUUAGGGAUGAUGUUGCCUCAAAUAAAGCAAUUGGAUCCUAUGGAGCUGAUUUUCUUCUGCAUCAGAUGGAAGACUCUAAGAGGCUGUCUAUUCUGACCCAUUGCAACACUGGCAGUCUUGCUACUGCUGGAUAUGGUACUGCUCUUGGUGUGAUUCGUGCACUUCAUGCUGAAGGAGUUCUCGAGAAGGCAUACUGUACAGAAACACGUCCGUUCAACCAAGGAUCCAGACUGACAGCUUUUGAGUUAGUCCACGAUAACAUCCCCGCUGUUCUUAUAGCAGAUUCUGCUGCAGCUGCAUUAAUGAAAGCUGGACGUGUGAAUGCUGUCAUUGUUGGAGCAGAUCGUGUGGCUUCAAAUGGUGAUACUGCUAAUAAGAUCGGGACAUACAGUCUUGCCUUGUGUGCAGUCCAUCAUGGUAUUCCAUUUUAUGUGGCUGCACCCUUGACUUCCAUGGAUUUAUCACUUUCUUCUGGACAAGAAAUUGUUAUAGAAGAAAGAUCUGCAAAGGAACUGUUGAACUCACAUGGUGGACUUGGGGAACAAGUUGCUGCUUCUGGAAUAUCUGUGUGGAACCCAGCAUUUGAUGUCACCCCAGCUAAUAUAAUAACUGGUAUCAUUACUGAAAAGGGUGUCAUCACAAAGAGUGGCAGUGAUGCUUUUGACAUAAAGAGUUUUAUAGAGAAAGCACAGUGCAUUUCACAAUAGGAGAGAUCCCAGGAUGAUACCAUGACGAGGUAGAUGUUUAACCUGUUGCCUUGGUCUAGGCUUUAUGUUCGCUUGUCAAGCAUUACAAUUAACUUGAUGUAAAUUUAUCCUUUGAUGCCGUUGAAUAUUGUUUGAUGCCUGAACCAAGGAACGAACGGUUGCAGGUAACUUUAUGCGAGUUUAGUUGUUCCUUCAUUCAUGAUGUAUUUUGUAUUCCAAUCGAUUAUAGAGUGUAUAUUUUGAACC